ACUGCCCCGUGGACCUGUUCUUUGUGCUGGACACCUCCGAGAGCGUUGCCCUGAGGGUGAAGCCCUUUGGAGACCUGGUUGCCCAGGUGAAAGAUUUCACUAACCGCUUCAUUGAUAAGCUGACCAACAGGUACUACCGCUGCGACCGGAACCUGGUGUGGAACGCUGGGGCCCUGCACUACAGCGACGAGGUGGUGCUCAUCAAGAGCCUCACCUCCAUGCCCGACGGCCGGGAGGAGCUGAAGAACCGUGUCUCCACGGUCAACUACAUUGGCAAAGGCACCUACACCGACUGCGCCAUAAAACGGGGCAUCGAGGAGCUGCUCAUCAGUGGCUCCCAUCACAAGGAGAAUAAAUACCUGAUCGUGGUGACCGAUGGACACCCCUUGGAAGGGUACAAAGAGCCCUGUGGAGGCCUCGACGAUGCUGCCAACGAAGCCAAACAAUUGGGCAUCAAAGUGUUCUCUGUUGCCAUCUCCCCCAACCACCUGGACCAGCGACUCAACAUCAUCGCCACGGACCACGCCUACCGCCGCAACUUCACCGCCACCAGCCUGAAGCCAACCCGGGAGCUGGACGUGGAGGAGACCAUCAACACCAUCAUCGACAUGAUCAAACUCAACACGGAGCAAUCGUGCUGCUCCUUCGAGUGCCAGCCUCCCCGAGGACCUCCUGGACCUCCUGGUGACCCAGGCAAUGAGGGAGAAAGAGGCAAGCCAGGUCUUCCUGGCCAGAAAGGAGUGGCUGGAGACCCAGGCAGGCCAGGGGACAUGGGGCCUGUUGGCUACCAAGGAAUGAAGGGUGACAAAGGAAGUCGAGGAGAAAAGGGCUCGAGAGGAGCCAAAGGAGCCAAGGGUGAGAAGGGCCGGCGUGGGAUCGAUGGCAUUGAUGGCAUGAAGGGUGAAGCUGGAUACCCCGGGCUACCUGGCUGCAAAGGCUCACCUGGAUUUGAUGGAGCUCAAGGCCCACCUGGACCCAAGGGAGAUCCUGGUGCCUACGGACCCAAGGGAGGAAAGGGGGAGCCCGGGGAUGAUGGAAAACCUGGUCGACAGGGGAUUCCUGGCAGCCCUGGGGAGAAGGGUGCUCGUGGAAACCAGGGGGAGCCUGGACCAGCAGGAGAGGCUGGCGACGAGGGUGCUCCAGGUCAAGAUGGUCCUCCUGGAGAACGAGGCAGCAAUGGAGAAAGAGGCCCCCCAGGCUCGCCGGGUGACCGUGGGCCAAGAGGAGAGCCGGGAGAGCCUGGACCACCUGGUGACCAAGGACGGGAAGGACCCCUCGGGCCACCUGGCGACCAGGGCGAGGCUGGACCCCCAGGACCCAAGGGCUACAGAGGAGACGACGGCCCCCGUGGCAAUGAGGGCCCAAAGGGAUUGCCAGGAGCACCCGGGCUGCCUGGAGACCCUGGCUUGAUGGGAGAAAGGGGGGAGGAUGGUCCUCCUGGCAACGGCACGGUCGGGUUCCCGGGCACCCCGGGCCAGCCAGGAGACAGAGGUGACCCUGGCGUUAAUGGAACAAGAGGCUACGUUGGUCCUAAAGGAGAUGAAGGAGAAGCUGGAGAUCCUGGUAAUGAUAACCUAACCCCUGGCCCCAGGGGCAUCAAAGGAGCCAAGGGCCACAGAGGACCCGAAGGCCGCCCGGGACCACCAGGACCCGUGGGGCCUCCAGGACCAGAUGAAUGUGAAAUCUUGGACAUCAUCAUGAAGAUGUGCUCCUGCUGUG